AAAUGCUUGAAGAGAGAGAGAGAGUAAGGAUCCAGCUAUGAAUCCCUUCCAGAAAAAUGAGUCUAGAGAAACUUUUUUUUCACCUGUUUCCACUGAAGAGGUACCACCUCGGCCUCCCAGCCUUCCAAAGAAGCCACCUCCGAAAAUCUGUGGCACCAACUAUCCACUGAGUAUUGUCUUCAUUGUGGUGAAUGAAUUCUGUGAGCGCUUUUCCUAUUAUGGAAUGAAAGCUGUGCUGACUCUGUAUUUCCUGUAUUUCCUGCACUGGAAUGAAGACACCUCCACAUCUGUAUACCAUGCCUUCAACAGCCUGUGUUAUUUCACUCCCAUCCUGGGAGCAGCCAUUGCUGACUCAUGGCUGGGAAAAUUCAAGACAAUUAUGUAUCUAUCCUUGGUGUAUGUGUUUGGCCAUGUCAUCAAGUCCUUGGGUGCCUUACCAAUACUGGGGGGACACACGGUACACAUAUUUCUAUCCCUGGUCGGCCUGACUCUAAUAGCUUUGGGGACAGGAGGUAUCAAACCCUGCGUGGCAGCUUUUGGUGGAGACCAAUUUGAAAAUAAACAUGAAAAGGAACGGACUAGGUACUUUUCGGUCUUCUACCUCUCCAUCAAUGCAGGGAGCUUGAUUUCUACAUUUAUCACACCCAUGCUGAGAGGAGAUGUACAGUGUUUUGGGGAUGACUGUUAUGCAUUGGCUUUUGGAGUUCCAGGAUUGCUUAUGGUGAUAGCUCUUGUUGUGUUUUCAAUGGGAAGCAAAAUGUACAAAAAAAUGCCUCCGGAGGGAAACAUAGUGACUCAAGUUGUCAGAUGUAUCUGGUUUGCUAUUUCUAACCGUUUCAAGAACCGUUCUGGGGACAUUCCAAAGCGACAGCACUGGCUAGACUGGGCUGCUGAGAAAUACCCAAUGCAGCUCAUUAGGGAUGUGAAGACACUGACCAGGAUACUAUUCCUUUAUAUCCCAUUGCCCAUGUUCUGGGCUCUUUUGGAACAGCAGGGCUCACGAUGGACCUUGCAGGCCACUAAGAUGAAUUGUAAUUUGGGUUUUGUUGUACUUCAGCCUGACCAGAUGCAGGUACUAAAUCCCCUUCUGGUUCUUAUCUUCAUCCCAUUGUUUGACCUUGUCAUUUAUCCUCUGGUCUCCAAGUGCGGAAUUAACUUCUCAUCACUCAGGAAAAUGGCUGUUGGUAUGAUCCUAGCGUGCCUGGCAUUCGCAGUUGUGGCAGUUGUAGAGAUAAAAAUUAAUGAAAAGGCCCAACCCCAGCCAGGCCCCCAAGAGAUUUUCCUACAAGUUUUGAAUCUGGCAGAUGAUGAGGUGAAGGUGACAGUGCUGGGAGAUGAAAACAAUUCCUUGUUUCCAGAGUCCAUCAAAUCCUUUCAGAAAAUGCCACACUAUUCCAAACUCCACCUAAAGACAAAAAGCCAAGAUUUUCACUUCCACCUGAAAUAUCACAAUUUGUCUGUCUACACUGAGCAUUCUGUAGAGGAGAAGAAAUGGUACAGUCUGAUCAUUCGAGAAGAUGGGGAAAGUAUUUCCAGCAUGAUGGUGAAGGAUGCAGAAAACAUAACGACCAAUGGGAUGUCAGCUGUGAGGUUUGUUAACACUUUGCAUAAAGAGGUCAGCAUCAACCUGGGUACAGAUAUCGCCCUCACUGUUGGUGAAGACUAUGAUGUGUCUGCUUACAGAACUGUACAAAUAGGAGAAUACCCUGCAGUGCAUUGUAAAACAAAAGAUGAUGACUUUUUACUGAAUUUGGGUCUACUAGACUUUGGUGCAGCUUAUCUGUUUGUUAUUACUAAUAGCACCAGUCAGGGUCCUCAGGCCUGGAAGACAGAAGACAUUCCAGCCAACAAAGUAUCCAUUGCAUGGCAGCUACCACAAUAUGUGCUUGUUUCAGCUGGGGAGGUCAUGUUCUCUGUCACAGGACUCGAGUUUUCUUAUUCUCAGGCUCCCUCUAGCAUGAAAUCUGUACUCCAAGCAGCCUGGUUGCUGACGAUUGGAGUUGGCAAUUUCAUUGUGCUUGCUGUGGCACAGUUCAGUGGCCUGGUACAGUGGGCUGAAUUCGUUUUGUUUUCCUGUUUCCUGCUGCUGGUCUGCCUGAUCUUCUCCAUCAUGGGCUACUACUAUGUUUCUCUAAAGUCAGAGGAUAUUCAGGAGCCAGCGGAGAAGCAGAUUCCCUGUAUUCAAGAGAACACAAUCAACCUGGAGACCAAGAACACAAUGCUCUAAUGACUCCUGGGACUCUGCCCAGGCCCAGAUUCCUGACUCUGGUCUUGGCCAUCACUGAACUUCAAGCAUUUUUUUCCUCCUUUUUGGUUAGGGGAGAGAGGUGGCAUUAUAUCUGAGCUGGUCUCUUCCACUUUUCUCCAGGCAGUUCUGUACUCUACAUCUCCUCAUCUAUCAGUGAACUCAGUAAACCUUGUGUGGUGUUGGUAAAGCUGGCCUGGUGUCUCCAAAUGGCCAUGAAAACACAAAUGCAUAAUUGAGAUUAGUCUCUAUAGGUAUGCAAAAUUUUGUGAGAAUUUCUUUACCUUCUAUUUAGAACUGAUGACCCCACUUUUUGAAGUGCUGAUUUAGGGGCAAAUUUGCAGAAUAACAGACAAAUGGUAUUUCAGGUUUCUUCAUAAGCAAUGUAAUUGAAUUAUUCACAAGGACCUUUAGUAUUGGUACGUCUGGUAUGAUCUGGUCCAGGGGCUGGCUUAUCAGCUAUCCAAGUUUGAUAAAACCUUAGUAAAUUUUUCAGUACAGAAUAACAGAAUGAGUUUGUUUUUUUUUAACACAGGAGAAGAUAUAUCUUUCUUAUAAUUACAGUGUUUUAUCUACUAACCCAACCACUUCUUUCUCAAGACUGACAGAUCUUUGAAAAUCAAAUUAAAGAUAGUAAACAUUGGUAAAUAUGAUUCUGGAAAACAAGAAUGGAUAUAAAUUGUUGAAAUCCUGAUGAACCCUUCUUCUGCAGUGCACAUUCUUAUGAACGACAAUGUUUCAGCCCUGGUUUAUGCUCUUGUGUGGACAGUUGUAUAGACACUAAUUACCAUUUCGAAACCCUGUCUUCU